AUGCAAUCCGCACCCGAAAUUGACAGAAUUCUGAAUACUCGAGUUACUCGUUCAACAGCAGAAAGUUUGUUGAUUAAUGGAAACUCUACUUCUCCCGUAAAAAUUGGUAAACACAAAUAUUUGAUUCACAAUACAUGUCCAUUUGACUCGGUAUCUGCAAUAGUUACAAUGGCAUAUAUUGAUAAUCCUCGUUACAAACAAUUUAUUAAUGAUAGCGAAAACUCUUUUUUAAAAUUUUGCAAAAAUUUGGCCAUCAAUGGUACUUCAAUAAAAUCGUACUGUGAUCGAGGUACUUUAUUGAAAACUAUUUUCACAGAAAAUACUGGAAUUCAGGCAUUAAACUUAUAA